AGCGCGCUCAGGUCUCAUUUGGCACCGGCGCGCCAUCAGGACCAGUCAUCUCUCACAUCAUGCUGCUGUUCACCCUCGUUGCGGUUCUCGCCGUGGCCGUGGCCAACGCGGUCACGUCCGGCGGCAAAGUUGUCUGCUACUACGACAGCAAGAGCUAUGUCAGGGAUUUUGAGGGAUGUAUUUAUCCAGCUCAAGCCCGUAUGCUGCCCUUGGACCUGGACCCCGCGCUGUCAUUCUGCACCCACCUGGUGUACGGGUACGCCGGAAUCCAACCUGACACCUACAAGAUGGUGCCCCUGAAUGAGAACCUGGACGUGGACCGCUCGCACGCCAACUACAGAGCGAUUACUAACUUCAAGAGCAAGUUCCCAGCCCUGAAGGUGCUGCUGUCCGUCGGAGGCGAUGCUGACACCGAAGACGCCGCCAAGUACAAUACUUUGUUGGAGUCCCCGCAAGCGCGUACGGCGUUCGUGAACUCCGGAGUGUUGCUGGCUGAACAGCACGGCUUCGACGGCAUCGACCUAGCUUGGCAGUUCCCUAGGAUUAAGCCCAAGAAGAUUCGUUCCACCUGGGGCUCCGUCUGGCACGGUAUCAAGAAGACUUUCGGUACGACGCCCGUCGACGAAAAGGAAGCCGAGCACCGCGAGGGCUUCACCGCGCUCGUCCGCGAACUGAAGCAGGCCCUUGCCGUCAAGCCCAACAUGCAGCUUGCUAUCACCGUCUUGCCCAACGUUAACUCCUCUAUCUACUUUGACGUACCCGCUAUCAUCAACCUGGUUGACAUCGUAAACCUGCAGGCGUUUGACUACGAGACCUCUGAACGCAACCCCAAGGAGGCUGAUUACACCGCCCCCAUCUACGCCCCGCAGAACCGCAACCCCCUGUUGAACGCGGACUCUGCUGUUUCAUACUGGCUCCAGCAUGGCGCUUCCAGCACCAAGAUUGUUCUCGGCAUCGCCACCUACGCCCAAACAUGGAAGCUCGACGGUGACAGCGAAAUCUCGGGCGUGCCUCCCCUCCACGCAGACGGACCCGGUGAAGCUGGUCCUUACACCAAAAAAGAGGGUAUUCUCAGCUACCCCGAGGUGUGCGCUAAACUGAUCAACCCCAACCACCAGAAGGGCAUGCAGCCUCACCUCAGAAAGGUCACUGACCCUAGCAAGCGUUUCGAGCUGGGCUUGAGGAAGGACGCGGAUAUAUCUCAUGUGUUUGGAACCUACGCCUUCCGUCUGCCCGACGACAGCGGCGAGGGCGGUCUGUGGGUAAGCUACGAGGACCCCGACACUGCUGGACAGAAGGCGACAUAUGUCAAGUCUAAGAACCUCGGUGGAGUGUCGAUUGUGGACCUCUCGAUGGACGACUUCCGCGGGCUGUGCACCGGCGACAAGUAUCCUAUCCUGCGCGCCGCUAAAUACAGACUUUAAUUUAUAUCGUUAACUCAAACUUAUAAAUAACUCCCCUACAUUGUGUUAUUAUUGCAAUGUGACUAUUUCCAUUAUUAUUAUUAAACAAUUCAAAUGUAUUGCAUGUUUUGUUUUAUGUAGGUACUAUUUUGUAAAUCGAAUACUUUUUUUAUGAGCUGUGCUUUAAUGUUAAUAGGUAUACAAUCACUGACAAAAUGACCAAUGUAGACCGAUUUUACAAGUGUAAUUAAUAAAAAUACGUAAGAA